AUGUCGUCUUCAGAGGCACCCACCAGCAAGUUGCAGCCGACCCAGGAAAGCGAGGCAGAUCCAUCACAGACAUCCAAGACAGCAAGCACGCAGCCGCCUGCGUUGCUCGAGGAGGAUGAUGAGUUCGAGGAUUUUCCUGUCGAAGACUGGUCGCAAGAAGACACGGAGGUCCCUGGGGGAACCACUCAUCUAUGGGAAGAGAGCUGGGAUGAUGACGAUGAAAAUGAGGACUUUAGCAAGCAGUUGAAGGAGGAACUCAAGAAGGUCGAGGCCAACAAAUAG